AUGUCCUCUGCGGAAGCAAUCCCCUCUUUUUCGCAAGGACAUGGUCUGGGUCACUCUAGGGGUCGUGGCCACUCCCGCCGCUCGACGCCGAUCUCCCAGCCAAUUCCGUCCUAUGCGCUACCCGCAGCCCAGCAGCAGUCUCAGCAUUCAGUUGCAGAUGUGAACAACACGAAUAGUAACGCUGAGGACCUUAAAAAUGGAGGACACCACCAUUCGCACUGCCAUUCUUCCGACCACCAUGAUCAUUUCGAAUCGGCGCCCGUUGCACAUUCCCAUGCUCACAAGAUUAUGGGAAUCCAAACAGAAACAGCGCCAAGGCAACUCGAUGAAGUGGUCGCAGGAAUUAUGGUUGCACUGCCGUGGAUUGCUUUGUCCUGGUUCUACGAACAUUAUGCGCAAUGGACGCAACCCGAACCCGACUCAACCGCAUCCAUCGGGAGGAUAGAUCGGGCUACAUCACGGACGCUUGGAUUGACCGCCGCAACCCUGAUUUUAUAUGGAGGCUGGGCUCUAAUUCGCCCAAACCGGAGGAGUGGUGGGGAAUCCGCUCUGAAAAUGCCCAGCCUGGAGUUGAACACGGGGAUAACUGCGCUCAGUGGGUUUCUCGUCGCUUUUGCUUUGGCCCUCGCUGUAGGUUCAGGACUGCCAACAGUUGUUCGCGGCCAAACCUCUGCUAGCAGUGGGAAAGAAAGGCAGAGCUUCAAGAAGUUGAGCGCCGCUUUCAUACUUAUAGUUCUGGCGUUGAGCUUCUUUGGCAUGAACGCAGUAUGGGACAAUGCACCCUUCGUGGGAUACAUGGCCUUGCUUGCCUCGAUCUUUCUCAUCCGUCCUCCGUUCCCAGCAAUCUCGGGCUCAAACCAUGCAUCCGAGCGUGCACUUGGGAUCUCCAUACCUGACCGUCCCAAUGAUUCAGUGACUACGCUGGAGCUACAAAACUCGUCGCAAGACCCAUUGAUUGCUGCUCUAACGGGCGCCGUCUUAGGACUCUUGACAUUUAUCAUCACAGGAAAUCCUUCUUUCGCCAUUUCUGAUAUUAUACACAUUCUGGCAGCUGCGGGCUCUUUAGCUACCUGCUUAACGUAUCUAGACAUCUCCAGUAUAUACUCACCCCGCAAAAUCGGCGUUGCUGUCGCGACGGGCAGUGCUGCGCUAUUUUGCUCACCACCAGUUCAAGACAACAUCUACACUGUCUACUUUAUUCGAGCUUUGCUAGCCAUUGCGUCUUUCUUCGCCGCCAGGCUUGACGAUAAACGCUCAGUUUCUGAGGAACAUGCUCACCAUCACCACCACGCACAUGCAACUUCCAAACCCUCGCGAGCAACGAAAAUAAUUCUACGCUACACCGAGUCUUACCCUUUACUGUACAGCAUACUCAAGGAACGAGAUUCGCGCCGCAUCUUCUAUUUCAUGAGUCUAAACUUUGGCUUUAUGCUUGUCCAACUAUCUUACGGCUUCGCCACGGGCUCCCUUGGGUUACUCAGUGACAGUAUUCACAUGUUUUUUGACUGCUUGGCGCUUGUAGUCGGACUGUGCGCUGCUGUUAUGAGCAAGUGGCCGCCAAGCACUAGGUUCCCUUACGGCUAUGGUAAAGUCGAUACGCUGUCGGGUUUUGCGAAUGGAAUUUUCCUCAUGAUUAUAAGCGUUGAAAUCAUAUAUGAGGCGGUGGAGAGACUCUCUUCAGGCAGCCAAAUGCACCGCCUUGGGGAACUCCUCGCAGUCAGCGUAGCGGGUCUACUCGUGAACCUCGUCGGAAUUAUGGCCUUUGAUCACGGGCAUGCGCAUGGACAUGACCAUGGGCACGGGCACGGGCACUCGCACUCGCACUCCCACGGAAACGAGAACAUGCACGGGAUCUUUCUUCACAUUCUAGCAGAUACGCUCGGGUCGGUAGCUGUGGUGAUCUCAACUAUCCUUGUUCAUUACUCUGGCUGGGCAGGAUACGACCCUAUCGCGUCUUGCAUGAUUGCGAUUCUGAUUUUUGCUUCGGCCGUUCCACUGGUCAGUAGCACAGCGAAAAGCCUGUUGCUCACUCUGCCAGCUGAUGUGGAGUACAAUGUCCGUGAAACCCUCGCCGGCGUUAGUACUCUUCGGGGUGUUGUCGGCUACACCGUUCCCAAGUUUUGGUUGGAUGAUACGGAGAAGUCCUCUGGACAUAGUCAUGGUCAUGACCAUGGCCAUAGCCACAGUCACAGUCACUUAAGUCACAGCCAUGGCUGUGACCAUGACCACGGCCACAAUAAUUCCAUCCAUAGCCAUGACCAUCAUAGUCAUGGACGUGACCACGGCCACGCACAUGAAAACGACACUCCACCAGUCCUAGGCGUAAUCCACGUCACAGCCUCCCGCGCUGCGGACUUAGAAGACGUCCGAAAAAGAACCGUCGACUUCCUCAGAGAAAAGGGAAUAGAUAUACUUGUUCAAGUUGACCGAGAAGGCGAAGGGCGCUGCUGGUGCGGUGGAGGUGGAAGUGGAAGUGGUAGUGGUAGUGGAAGAAUUGGUGGCGGGAACAACCUCAAGGCUUCCUAG